AUGUUCCAGCAGCCAAUGAGAGGUGUGGGCGGGGCCACAGAGUCCUCCUUCAGGCAGGGGAAGGAAGCAUUAGAUAAAGUCGGGCGAAGGAAGAGGAUAUCAAGUAAAAUAUUAGACAAAAUUAGAAGCAGCAGACAGGAAGUGGAAGCAGACAGGAAGAGGAAGCAGACAGGAAGAGGAAGCAGACAGGAAGAGGAAGCAGACAGGAAGAGGAAGCAGACAGGAAGAGGAAGCAGACAGGAAGAGGAAGCAGACAGGAAGAGGAAGCAGACAGGAAGAGGAAGCAGACAGGAAGAGGAAGCAGACAGGAAGAGGAAGCAGACAGGAAGAGGAAGCAGACAGGAAGAGGAAGCAGACAGGAAGAGGAAGCAGACAGGAAGAGGAAGCAGACAGGAAGAGGAAGCAGACAGGAAGAGGAAGCAGACAGGAAGAGGAAGCAGACAGGAAGAGGAAGCAGACAGGAAGAGGAAGCAGACAGGAAGAGGAAGCAGACAGGAAGAGGAAGCAGACAGGAAGAGGAAGCAGACAGGAAGAGGAAGCAGACAGGAAGAGGAAGCAGACAGGAAGAGGAAGCAGACAGGAAGAGGAAGCAGACAGGAAGAGGAAGCAGACAGGAAGAGGAAGCAGACAGGAAGAGAAAGCAGACAGGAAGAGGAAGCAGACAGGAAGAGGAAGCAGACAGGAAGAGGAAGCAGACAGGAAGAUGAAGCAGACAGGAAGAUGAAGCAGACAGGAAGAGGAAGCAGACAGGAAGAGGAAGCAGACAGGAAGAGGAAGCAGACAGGAAGAGGAAGCAGACAGGAAGAGAAAGCAGUAGGGCAAACAAAGGAGACGUAG